AUGAGGAAAUUUUCGUUCUACUCUGUAUUUAUGAUACUAUCUAGUGCGGUCGACAUCACAAUCAUAAGAUCACAAUAUACCCAGUCAUUUUUAGACUCAUAUUCUUUCACUCAGCCUUAUAAUUCUCUUGAUCUAAACUUCUACAACGCAAACUCGUCAUCUGGCUUGACGGAUUAUUUAAGCUAUUACGAAGACCAAGUGGUAUUGGAUCUCACGAAUUCUUUAAUUUAUAUCUGUGUUUUCUAUUGAAUUUUCUUAUAUUAAAGCCUAUAUCUAUUUUUUAUUGUAAAUUUAGUAUAAAUAAGCUUACUCUGAAAUAAUUUCCCAAAUUUCAGAACGUCAAAACCUGCUGCAUGUCAAAGUUGACAAUUUUUACUUGACGUCAGGUAAAAAUUCUUUCACAUUAGCCAUACCAGUGAAAAAUGAAAUUUUAUCAGCUGGCCAGCUUUUAAACAGCCUAAAUUUGUACUCGUAUGGCAUUAUUUAUUUGGAGGAAUACAAAGAACAAUAUAACGACAUUAUAAAUCCUGCAAAUGUGGCAUUGAUACUGCCACAUGAGUAUAGUGAUGAAUAUCUGAAGACGUUGCUAAAUAAAUAUAUCAGGUAUUCCUCUGUUAAUACUAUAAUUUUACUGCUGCCUGGAAAAUUGGCAGCGCAGGUUUUACAAGUGGCUGGGACUGAUUUCGAAGACUUAGGAUUUGUUUGGAUUUUAAUGCCAAUUGCUGAUUAUUUAUAAUAAUUAAUAUAACUUUUCUUAUAAUACUAGCCAUUAUUUGCUUAUUUUAUAGAAAAUUAUGCUCUUAAUUUAGUUUUUCUAUCUAUAGAUUUCCUAUUAAAAGAAUAUCCUAUUCAAAAAAUACCUCCUUAGAAAAUGAUGGGCCAAUUCUUAUGUACUCAUCCAGCACUUCUUUAAAAUCCAAGCUAACUCUGCUCUAUUUUUCAUUAAAUUUAUGCUCAGAAGCCAAUUUUGGCUUACUUGACUGCUUCCAAAAAUCCAUUGACUUUGACGAAAAUCACCAAUUAUUAGCAAACUACACCAUUCUAAACACCCAAAAUUCCUCUUACAUAAACGUAGGAAACGCCACUAUUUCUUCUUGCAGCUUAUCAGACUCACUAAAAUGGUCUCACGGGUCAAUAACAGAAAAAACCAUAUCUAUCUCCCAAGAUGCAGGGCUUUAUUCAGCAGCUGGGGCUUAUAUAUCAUUUUUAGCCCCAUCUUAUCACGGGAACGAGCUAGGUGUCAGCUAUGUCAACAAUAACUCAACAAUCCUCACAGGGUUCAAGCUAAAAAGAAAUACUUAUAACUUUGGAAGCUUAUAUUACAAUAAAACAUUUAUGGAAAGCACAUUUAAUGAAGCCAAAGGACAGUUAAAAACCCUUAUGAUAGCUCCUGCCUUAUCAGACGUGGCCAUUCACUUGUAUUAUACUAUGCAUAAUAAUUCAGUUAGCUUGCCGAUGAUUGGGUAUUCUAAUACCGUUGACUCUUUGUCGUCGCCUACAAGUUUUCCUAUGUUUUCAAGGGUGAAUAUGGCUUCUGGGUAUAUAGGAUAUGUCCUAGGGAUAAUUUUGAACUAUUUUGGGUGGUCAAAUGUAGGUGUUUUGUACCUGGAUAAUGUUUUUGCCACAAAUGUAUUUAAUGCAUUUGCAGACGAAUGCAAGCAAAAACAGAUAAAAAUUGUAAAUGAAGGCAAAGAAAGGCUGCCUGAUAAUUCCCCAUCAUGGAAGCAUGAAGAAAUUGAUCCGACUUUGAUAAAUUUAGGAAAAAGUGAAGCAAGAAUUAUUUUGAUGAUUUGUUAUACCCAAGACGCAACGAGCAUUAUUACAAGACUAUGGGAGCUUGGGUACCAUGGAGAUAAUCGUGUAAUUAUAGCUGUGGGAUGGCUUGCAACAAGCAUGGUCAUGCAAAAUGAGUCUGACCCUUCUUAUAACGCUACCCAGCUUCAUAUAUUAAGAGAGUCUUUGAGAGGGUCAUUGAUGUUUUUCCCUGUUUCUUAUGCUGGUGCAUUUGGUCAAAAGGUCUAUAAUGAUUAUACAUAUAAUUAUAAGACUGAUCCGAUUGGCUAUACAGGCUUUGCAUUUGAUUCAAUUCUUGCUUCUGCUUAUGCUAUUGAACAGGUCAUUGUACAAGGAAAAGACUACAAUGACCCUAAUGUCUUAAUGAGCGCUAUAAGAAAUCUCAGAUUUACAGGUGCUACAGGUUUAGUUAAAAUAGAGCAGAACACAAAUGACAGAGCAGUGAUGGAUCAUUCCAUAUACAAUUGUAAAGAAAUAUCAGAAAAUAACUGGGAAAUAAAAAUAGUUGGCGUUUAUUCACCAACUGGCUCCCAAGUUUUUAGUUAUACUGAUAAUAUUAUAUGGCCAGAUGGGACUCCUAUAACUCCUCCAGAUGUCCCGAUACCUAAAAGCUGCCCAUAUGAUGACUCAGAAAUUGAGCCAUCCACAUCUGGGCAUGUAAUGGUCUGCAUUAUAGGGUUAAUUGUUUUAUUCGUUGCUAUUUUACCGAGUAUUUGUACAUGGAAAUACUGAAAAGACGUAAAAUACUCAGAAAUUUUAAAAAAAACUGAAAUGACAUUUUAUGAUAUGGUAGCAAUUAGUAGGAUUUUUAUCGAAUUUUUUCAGUUAGUAGGGAUCGCUCCUUCAAUUCCAGCAAUUUUUAAUAUGAUAAAAUUUGUUGGAAAUUCCUUGUCUUUGAAUUUAGAUAAAAUGUAUAUACUCGAUAAAACUUAUUUUUGGAUUUCUAUGCAAGCUGCUUUUGGAGCUUUAGGUGCAUCUUUUAUAAUAAGAUUUGCUUAUAUUAUGAAAAUUCAUGUACCUUUUGUGAAAAUUAUCAUGUCAAGUGUGUGGGAUUUAUUUUAUGUUGCGAUUUUGUCGACACUUCUUAAUGUACAGUAUUUUUUUAAAAAAAAUUAUAUUAACUGAAUAAUUUAACCAGUAAAAUGCAAUUUUUGAAAAUAAAUAUUUUUUUUUAUUUUUAAUAAAAUGCUGUAUUUGUAUGUAAGAAUGGGGUUGGUGAAGAACUUGAUGAGACAAUAUUAAUUUUUGACUGUUUUACUAUGUGUUGGAAAGGGACACACUUGAUUUAUGCUAUUAUUUCUUUUUUUGUUAUCAUUUUUUACGUUUUAUUAUCAGUAAUAGAAAGACCAAGAUGGCAAGCAUCAAAUGAAGCUGAGCAGAAUAUUCAUUUAUCUCCAAGUUUUUUGACGAUAAAAUCUCUUUUAUUUACACUCACUAUUGUCAUUAAAAAAAUCGUAAAUACAGAUUUACCUGUUAUUUACCUGGGCUUCUUCACAAUGAUGAGCAUUUUAUAUCUCGGAAUCAUUGCAUUUAUAAAGCCUUAUAACCUUAAAAUUUUGAAUCUUUGGUAUAUACUCAGUAUGAUCGCCCUAUGCUGGCUUAAUCUUAUAGGAAUUCUUUAUUACAUUAUGGAAGCCGAAAGCACCAUUCUUUGACUGUCUUUGCUAUCUAUAGGCUGGGGCUGUAUAUGCUUUGGAGGUCUUGCUUACCAGAAAUCUCGAAAUUUAUAUUGGCCUUUUAGCAGUGGUAUUGAUAAAAAUGAAAAGCUAUAUAAAUUCGCCUUCAAGAGUAGCAGUGUUGUGGACGCCCAAAAAAUAAUUCACCAGCUUCGGAAAUUUAACCUUGAAAGUUCUCCAACAUUUAAUGAAGUGACGUUUAGGAACCAAAAUGAUAUAAGUGAAGAUAACUCGGUAAGAGUGUCUAUGGCAUUUAACUAA